AUGCUGAUCACGCGCGGCUUCUCCCUCACCAACUUCCUCAUCGGCACCUCCGCCCUCUCCUUCCAGGUCUUUGUGCUCUUCCCCUGGCACGAGAAGCUGGAGCAGGAAUUCCACGUGCUCAAGGCCGAGCAUGCACGUUUACUGCAGGAGCAGCGCUCCGAGUUGAGCGCGAUUCGGACGGAGAUUAGAGAUAUGAUCAGGGCCGAGCAUAAUGGGAAGAAAGGGGGUUGGGGUUUGGGCAUUUGA